AUGGAAGAAAAUGCUCGCCGAGACCCGGAGCGUCCAGAGGACUCCGGUGAGGAGUCCAACAGGGCCAUCCUGCCUCUCCUCCAGCCACCUGGAAACCAGCAGUCCCACAGGAUCACCAACUUUUACAUCGAUAACAUUUUAAGACCGGACUUUGGCCGAAAGAGAAAGGACGGGACUGUGACCCGGGAGGGAGGCAGUCUGGGACGAAGAGAGGAGCUGACAGGGAGGAGAGCAUCCAAAACUGGCAACCCGCAGCAGGGUGGAGCAGGACCAGAGGAGAAGGACGACUCUGAAGCAUCCGACGACCAGCAUCCGGAUACUGAUGCCAGGAAGGCCGAGCUGAUAGCCGGUGGUGUGGAUGAGAGGGGUCGGGUGGACGACGAGGACCGCUGCCGCAGCCCUCAGGCCGGCUCGGCCAAUUCGGCCAAACAGAUGCUGUGGCCGGCCUGGGUCUAUUGUACCCGCUACUCAGACCGUCCGUCAUCAGGGCCCAGAUCCCGUAAACCAAAGAAGGCUCCGACCCCGAGUAAAGAUGACAAGCGGCCCCGGACGGCCUUCACCGCGGAGCAGCUACACCGGUUAAAGACUGAAUUCCAGAACAACCGGUACCUGACCGAGCAGCGGAGGCAGAGUCUGGCCCGGGAACUGGGUCUCAAUGAGUCUCAGAUCAAAAUCUGGUUUCAGAACAAACGGGCCAAAAUCAAGAAAGCCACUGGGAAUAAAAACUCUCUGGCGCUGCAUCUCAUGGCGCAGGGACUGUACAACCACGCCACGUCCAAGGACGGCAAAUCGGACAGCGAGUAG